GCGUGCGGCGUGCUGACGACGGUCGAGUCGAUCGGUUGUUCGAAUUGCACGCUUGACAGCGCUGCGGUCGCGUGGCGUGCACAUCGGCCGCCGGUGUGUUGUCGGCUGCGCGGGGGAUAUCCCGGAGUGUUUCCCAACAACACCACCCCGCACCCGCCCGUCACUACCGUCACGGCGAUCCGGACCAACACGUGUUUAUCGGGUACCGCGCACACGGCUUGGCGGACGGGCGGAAACGGGCGCCACCGUUGUGCGCAAACCCCCGCUGCACCACCGGCCGCGUGACCAGACGAUCGGAACGCGGCCCCGCCACUCUUCCGCCCGUCAUUCAUGAACGCCCGUUACCACCACCGCACCGAUCGUCAAAUGCCUUUCCCCGCGCGCUUACGUACGUCGUCAUCGUAGCGGCCCGUAGCGUAGACCGUCGUCGUCGUCGUCGUCGUCGUUAUCCCCAAGCCCGACGGCCACCAGUAGUAAACACUUGUUCAGUAUGUGAGCACGCCGUUUAUGUCAUUAGUGCUUCCGUCGGCUGAUCAAUUUUGUAUUUAUCAUUAUUAUUCAUUCGCUCUUCAUCACGGAGACGCUCGUUAAUCGUUGUUUAUUUUUAAAAAAUUAAAUUGUUAUAAUUAUUUUUGUUGUGUCCCAUUUCUAUUUCGUUCUUCACGAUAUAACAUAUAUAUUUAUUGUUCUACGGUUAGUGCACGAUUAAUGACGUUGGAAUUAUGGGCAUAAACGGCGGUCAUCGAAUACGCUCCACGCAUAUACAAUUGACGAAGAUUCUUUUGGGAAUCCGGGAUCCGGAUGUCUUUGGAAUGUAAAACUAUGCUGCGAAAAAGAUUUCCAGGGGAAGUCCCUGUUAAAUAUUCCUGCACCAUCGUUGUUUCUUUCGCUGCGAUGACGGUAUAUAUGUAUAGUAAGACUGCUCCUAACGGACACCUCCAAAUAGCUGAUGUUUUUUUGAAAACAAACUUCAAACUUUCUACAAAAGUGAACCCUCUGAAUAGCGGAUAAAAUUUUAGUGACCAAUGUACCCGGUACGAUUAUGUUUGUGGACGAUACAAUCGAGAUGAGUCCCAGCAACAACGAGAACAAAAACAUAAUGUGUCACUCUGACAAGUCUUCGCCGUCAGCUCCUUUAUCGGGUGGAAACUACUUACAUAAGAAAUUCAAAAAAAUCGCCACAGCGGACGAUUAUCCUGAAGUGGCAAUUCCUGCGCCUGUAUUAUCCACAGAUGAAUAUUCUCUUGAAGGUGUGUGGCGACAUAAAUGCCCUUACUGUAAAACUGUAUGCACCAAGCCAAGUGCGCUUGCCAAACAUUUACAAGUGCACUCCGAUGAACGCCCUUUCCCAUGUGAAACGUGUGGAUUUGCUUUUAAAACAAAGAGCAACCUGUCCAAACACUGCAAAUCCCAAUCCCAUACAGAACGGUUGGCAAAAGAAGAACCAGAGGAGGCUAAGCCUAAAAUAUACAAACCAAAAUUUCGUACAGCCUCAAUACACACUAAAUUGGAAGAAUUGAACACAUCAGAAGAACAUUCUGAACCGGUUCAGGUAUUAGUAAAUAAACAAGAAGAAGAUACUUCUCAGCCUUUAAAUUUAUCUGUGGUCGAUGCAGUUAAAAAAUGUCAAGAAAAAAUGUCUCCCGUUGUAGUAAAUGGUCAAACCGAGCUAAAAGGUGUAUACAAAUUGCUAUUGAACCAAAUAAUUAAGUGUAAUGAGAAUAAGGAACAGCCUUUUUGUGAAAUGUGUGGCUUAAAAUUCAAUAGUCAAGAAGACUUAGUCAGACAUAUUUGUGAUCGAAGUCCAAAUGGAGUUAAAUAUCCAGAGCCCAAGACUGUAGCCGUGCCACUCCCGUCACCAGGACCAUUAUUAGGGCGCACACCGUUAGUUGAGUUUCACAGACCAAAGGAACCUGAUGUACAAAAACCUGUCGUUUUGCGCGUGGGUAAUUUGAUACAACAACAGGAAAUGAUUGCCAUUUUCCAGAGUGGCCGUGCUGUACCCUUCGUGCCAGGUAUUCCAGGACCACAUACGGCAAUGCCUCGUCAACUACGACCACAGUAUGAACCAAAACAGACUGAUCCUCCACCUUCAAAGAAACCAAAAGUAGACGACAAAUAUCUUGUUUCAACAUCUCAUCAUCAGAUUUCAACAACUACUAUAACUACUAGUACAGUGGCUCAGAAAUUUGUACGACCAACGUCAUUGGCAUUCAAACCAGGAACAUUCAGUACUAACCGCAUGUUGCCCAUGGUUAGUCCAGAUACUCCAAGACCAAAAAAGAGCUACCAACAAUUAUAUCUUAAUGGCCAUGCAUACACUUAUUUGGGUUUAAAGUGUACGACAAGAGUAUUUUUUUGUACGCUGACCAAAUGUCAACCCACAUAUACAAUUCUUCCAGAAGUUAAUACUAUAUCAAUGUACUCAAAUUGGAAGAUUUGUUCCGAUAUGGGAAGUAAUAUGCUGGGUGUACGAGGUAUGGAUUUAUAUGACUCAAGUCAGAAUAACCACAGAUAUACACAAGCUGGUCAAUCUCACGAUUACAUAGUUGCUCAUUCAUCUUACAAGCACCAACAAUUACCUGAUCAAACCACCAGAGUUGAAACCAACUCUAUGGGUAAAUUAAAAAUCUGUCCUGGAGGUUUUGAAUCCAAUGAAGAUUAUAUAUACGUUAGAGGCAGGGGAAGGGGGCGAUAUGUAUGUGCUGAUUGUGGAAUUCGUUGUAAAAAGCCUUCAAUGCUCAAGAAACAUAUCAGAACCCAUACUGACUUAAGGCCAUAUACGUGUACACAAUGUACCUUUAGUUUUAAAACUAAAGGAAAUUUGACAAAACAUAUGAAGUCAAAAGCACAUUUCAAAAAAGGAGUUGAACAGGAUCAAAAUCCAAUGUCCAUGGAUGAUAUUAAACAACUAGAUUCUGAAGAUAUGGAAGACUACUCUGAAGAUAAUAUGGAUGAAGACGAUGAUAUUGAUGAUGAAGAUGAUGAUGAGGAAGCAGUAGAUAAACACGGAUGGCGUAAAACUCAAUCAGAUUUUGAUGCUGCACGUUCAUUAUUAAGACUUUCACAAGUCUACCCAUCACAAAUACCUCAAUCAAAUCAUGCGAAAGCUGGUAUAUUGCCUUAUGAUCACCGACCUGUAUCAUAUCCAUAUCAAUCUCUUUUAACACUGGCUGAGUCUGAGGUAAAAAAUAAUCACCAGUACCAGAAUCAAAUUAGUCCACCCUUGCAGUCUGGAAGCAGUCUAAUGGUACCACCACCAUUACCUGUUCCACCCACACCUAUUUUCAAUAAUCCAGAGAUGGUUCAAACCACACCUGCAGAUUUGAGACAUAAUGUAAAUGCAAUUCUAAGUAGUAGUCCAAAAGCCAUAGUUAAUAAACCAAUGGAUCUUUCACGUUUUGGAGGUAGUAAAGAAUUAGAACAAAUAAAUAAACCACAAGUAACAUUGCAGUCCCUCAAAAAACCUAAGGCAUUAUUUCGACAACCUACAACAAAUGGUCCAUCACAAAAAUAUACGAGUAUUCUAGAAGAUGGACGAAGUAAGUGUAUGGUGUGUGAUAAGGUAUUUAAUAAACCUAGUCAAUUACAAUUGCACAUUAAUAUACAUUAUUUUGAGCAACCAUUCCGAUGUGAAGGCUGUAAAGAAUCAUUCCGAACUAAGCAUUUGCUUCAAAAACAUUUGGACUCUAUCUCACAUUUGAAUAAGGUGAAUAUGAUGUCCACCCAAGGGCCUAUUGUUAAAAAUCCAAGACCAUUUGAAUGUGCUGAUUGCCAAGUUGGUUUUCGAAUUCAUGGACAUUUAGCUAAACAUUUACGAUCCAAAAUGCAUAUACUUAAAUUGGAGUGUUUAGGAAAAAUACCAUUUGGAACAUAUGCUGAAAUUGAACGCUUAGGAUUGAACUUGAAUGAUAUUGAUACUACUGACUGUGACAGUGCGUUAAAGAGUUUACAAGCUAGCCAAAAAGCCACAUAACAAAAUAAUCAAUUAGAGUCAAUGUUAAAAAUUGGUUACAUUUUUGUGUGAAAAUUUUUCAAAGCGCUCAACGUGAAAAAAGACUGAUCUCUAGAGUUCGAGGGAUUGAACAACUAGAAAACUGUGAUAACAAGAUAUAUGAAACCACCCAAGAGGUUUUCCAAAAGUAUUUCGGCCUCAUCACAGACCACUAAGAAACCGAGCGGUUACACAUUUUUUACCCAACCUAUUAAUAUAAAUACUAAUCUAUACUUAUAUUUAUUAAUAUUUGAAAACUGGGUAUAUAAUAAAGAAUUUGGAAAACUAUAAAUAAUAAAUAAGUUUUAAUGUAUUAAGUAAGAAUAUAUAUAGUAAAUAGUGAUGUAGUCCAAUUAUAUUUGGUCAAAAUUGUAUUUAUUGUAUUAGCAAGACAAGUGGAACAUGUAGCCUGUUAAAUAAUGUCAAUUCUCAUGAUGAUCUUCCUUGAAUUUGUGUUUUGGUUUUUAUUAUUUAGGAAUUUGAUUUAAGUAUUUAACUAUAGGUAAUUAUAUUAUAUACUUUUUUUUUUGUGGCAACAAUAAUGCUCAGUUGAAUUGUGGCUAUAUAUAUUACGUUUUGGUCUACUGUUACUGGAAUUUGAAAAUAUCUACUGAUAAACUGACAUGAUUAAAAUAAACUCAAUAACUGUUGAAGAACAAAUGUUUUAUGAUUUUUAGUACAUAAAUUGUUUGAAAAAUUAAUUUUGGUUAGACUGUGCCAUUACUUUAAGUUAGUUCAUUGUCUUAGAGAACUACAAUUUUCUGAAAUUGGUCUUAAUUCUAUCAACCACUCAACAAUUUGUUUUAAAAAAUAUUAAGACAGGUAUUAAUGAAACCAACACACUUUAAAUUUAGUUUUCCCUAUUCGUAAAUAGUUUUAAAUUUUAAUACAUCAGUAUGCUAUACCUAGGUUUCAUCUCUUAGUCCCAAAAACCAUAAAAAUACCAUAGCUUUAUCUUAUAUUAUUAACAAAAUUCAUAUCCCCACUGUUGAUAAAAUCACCUCAUCUCGAGAAAAACAUCUAUAAUCAAUUAUCAUGUUUAAAUGUAUCUAUUUUCCUAAUUGAAAAGCAAAAAAAAAAAAAAAACUAUAAUUUUUCAAUGAAAAUACUAUAAUAUUGUUGUAUAACAUUUAUAAAAACUUUUUAAAACAAAAAAAGGGCACAAAGCUCUCCGAAGUUGAGGGCUGGGUCUCUAUAGCAAUGGCACUUUAUCAUUAAACCACUGAACACAUCUCAGUUGUUAAAUAAGCAAAGAUAUUGCUCAUUGAUCAGAACCCACUAUUAAGAAAUAUUUAUAUUUGAAUGUUACUUAUCAGAAUUAGAAUUGUACAUUAAUAUUCUAAAAUAAUGAAUGUCAUCUAUUAAAAUUAAUAUUGCUCCUAUAUGUAAAAUCAAAGGAUAGUUAAGGAAUUUUAGGUAAUUAAUACAAAUUAUUUCCUGAUGGGAGUAUGGGAUAACUUAAUUAUAAGUAACUAGCUGAUCCCGCUGGCACUUUGUUGCCCGUUAAAUAAAUGUACCAAUUCUAUAUGACUCAAACUUUGUUCAAUUCGUUAUUUAAUAUUCGAAGUAUGGUGUUCAAAAUGUAUCUUAACUUUUCUGUUGCCCGGAAUAAAAAUUCUGAUUCGCAGCAGUAUAUUAUCAGGUAGGCAAUCUACCUGCGGUAGAUCGCGGACCCCGUGCUGUUUGUACAUAAGUGUAUAAUUUAACUCUAAAUUAUCAACAUUUUACCAAGUUUGUCAUUUUAACCUAAUUCCACCUACGGAGGAUUAAUAUAAUCAAUUAAUACAAAAGCCUAACGCAACCAUACUAAAAUCCGAUGAAUAAAAAAAAAAAAAAUGUAACACUUUUUAAAUUAGCCUACCUUCUUCCCAGAGGUCUAAUCUGCACACAAACAUUCAUUUUUAUCUAUAUACUAAUAUAUCUAUCUAAUGAUAGCGUUUGUUUGUAUGUUCGGGAUAAACUCCGAAACUACCGAACCGAUUUCAAAAAUUCUUUCACCAAUACAAAACCACAUUCUUUGCGAGUGUCAUAGGCUAAUUUAAAAAGGGAAGUGAUUACCCCCGGUAGGUGCUCAAACAGGAAUUUUGAGAUUUACGAUAGAAAUUUUGGUUUUUUAAUGGUUGCUAUGGGUUAUAUAUAUAUAGAUAAAAAUAAUUGUAUAGACGUUGUUGUUGUUUUUGGCCAUGUCGCCAGGUGUGCACUUAAGAGGCCAUAACUCCGGGAACCACUUAUCCCACAGUGUACAAACUUCACAGAAACCAUUACAUAUCAAUCUUAAUAUACCCUGAAAUUUUUAUCAAAAUCGGUUUGGUGCAUCUUGAGUUAUAAAAUUUAUUCAAAAUGUACACUUAUUUUUAUAUAUAUAGAUUAACUAUUGACUUAACCACAGAAUAGAUACAAUUUGAUAUAUUCUGUUAAUAAUGUUCACUCUCCAAAUACAAAAUAUUGCCAUUAAUAUUAUCCCUCAUUUCAAACAAACCGUUUUUAAUAAUAUAGAAAUAUAUUUUUCAUUAAUUUAUAUUAGGCACCUAUCCAAUUCCCACUAGUUCAUUAUAACAAUAAUAUUAUUUUCAAUUUUGUUAUUUAAAUUAAGACCUAUAGUUGAUAAUUCUUUUUAUAUAUUAUUAUUAUAAACAGA